AUGAACUCGCUGGAGUAUCGGCGAGCGAAGGAGGCCAGUCAGGACUACCGUGUGCAGCAGAUGAAGACCAACCAGCUAAUGUUCAUCAAGGAUGAUCCACUGCCUCCCGUUGAGAAUCAGAUGGAAGAUUACGGUUCCUCUCAGAAUGCGCUAGAUAGUAAAAUCAGUGUCAGUGUUAUUCCGGAUAAAUUUGUGGGACAAAAUAACAACAAUCCAGGCGAAGAUGCCCAGAAGAAGAAACCAGCAGAUUUCGAGACGGCCAUCGCCGCAGCUGGCUAUGGUAAAUUUCAGUAUCUUCUCCUCGUGGCGAUUAUUCCGGUGACAUGGGCAACCAGCAUCGACACUUCGAACGUGGCGAUUAUCCUUCCAUCCGCAGAAUGCGAUCUAGAAAUAACGUUCUUCCAAAAAGGCCUCCUCAACGCCAUCACAUUCGGAGGAAUGGUUACAAGCGGCUUUCUAUGGGGGUACAUAGCGGACGUUCGAGGUAGGAAGACUGUCUUCAUCUACGGCUACCUGGCGGACGGUAUUUGCAACGUUCUUUCGGGGUUCUCCCAGAACUUCUGGAUGCUCGCGUUUUUCAAGUUCUUGAGCGGCUUUAUAAUUAGCGGCCCUCACGCUUCCAUCGUAACGUACUGCUCAGAGUUUUAUGGGAUUAAAGGAAGAAUGAGAAUCCCCCUGAUUCUCGGCUUCUCCGUCUCCUUUGGAAAUAUUGUGACCGCAGGUUUAGCGUGGUUAGUGGUUCCUCAACCGUGGUCCAUCGUCCUUUGGGACGGUAGUUUCGUUUACAACUCUUGGAGGAUCUUUCUUUCCCUUUGCGGCGUCCCGAUGCUUGUCGGCGUCGUUUGCCUAACUUUCUUCCCGGAAAGUCCAAAGUUUCUGAUGUCCCGGGGUCGUAACAAGGAGGCGUUGAAAGUUUUCCAGAUGAUUUACAGGCUGAACACGGGAAGACCGGCGGAGGAAUAUCCAAUUCAAAGCUUGGAAGACGAGUCCUGUAAAAAAUCCACCAAUGGCACUCUCCAAAAUGGAAAGUCGCAGGGUAUAGCGAUUUUCUUUUAUCCUCAUCUGCCUUGGAUUGUCUUGGUCACCGCUUUGCAAUUUGGAACAAUGUUGGCGACAAACACCAUUCGCUUAUGGCAGCCUGAACUCUUCACCAUACUGGGCAACUUCGAAUCCAUGAAUUAUAAUACAACAGGAAACGAAUCAUCAUUUUGUGAAAUCAUGGACCUUUCAACUGUGCAGAAGGCAGCACAAGUGGAAGAGUUAACUUGUGUAAACAAGGUCGUCAACGAAUCGAUUUACAUGAACACUGUUCUCAUGUCUACCACUGGAAGCAUUCUCAUUCUAGUAGCCAGAUUCGUCCUACAUGUUCUGAAUCACAAGAAUUUGCUGUCUAUCUGUUACGGAAUCGCUUUCAUCUGUAUAGUGUACAUGAAUUGGUCGACCAAUACGUGGGUAACGUUAAUAUUAACCUGUAUAUUCACUGGGUUGACGAAUACUACAGUGAACAUCGUCGUUGGCGUGGCUGUUAUUCUCUUUCCAACGUCUUUACGAACGAUCGCAGUGAGCUUAGUAAUGUGCUCCGGAAGAACGGGAUCGAUCAUCGGUAACAUUCUCUUCCCCGUUCUACUGGGUUACGGAUGUCUGGCGCCCAUGAUCGCAUUGUCCGGCUUCGUCUUCAUCUGCAGGAAGUGCAGACAGUGUCUGCAGGAAGAUAUCCAGUGUCUGCCAUUUGUUAAUUAUAGUCUUCCAAAGAAGUGUUCGAACAAAUCUCAGGGGUAUAGAUAA